AUGAACCGUGGAGAAGGAUUAAGAUUAAGAACGGUUUAUCAGGCAAAUAUACUGGAGUUGGAGAAAAGAAUAGAGGAUAAGAGCAAGAUUCGGAAAGAAAAUUAUCCGCCAGAAGAGGCAGAAGAGUGA